GUUUUUGUUGAGCACAACUUCAAAAUAAAAGCAAUGCACAUUCAGUCCAUGCAUGAGGUAAAAUUAGAAAAUACGUUUAUUUUGUAAUUUCUAAUUAACCUUACGCGGGCCGGUCAGAAUGAACCAAAGGGCCGGAUGCGGCCGGCGGGCCGUAAAAUGCCCAGGUCUGGUGAGGGUUGUAUUCUCCAGAAAAGGCUUACACUUUGGGGCAUGAAUAACAAAAGGAAUGUCUUGCUAAACUCAAACUACGUUAAAACCCUUUAAGGUUCUGCGCAACCAUUUGGUCGACCACACUUUGAGUCACAAUAUCUCAUUGAAAAAUGCAUUCAGCUUAACUCAACCUGAAUGAGCCAUCUCUGCCACUUGGUUUAGUUGUGCUAUGCUAAAAAAAUCCACUAGAAGGCACUGUGUCUUUCAGCAAUAUGCUUUGUCAGCAUUCCUUCAAACAGGAAGUGAAACCGAGAAAAUAGCAUCGUCACAUGAGGACAGAUUUUAGCAGAAUUUUCAAAGAUGGACACCAAAUCAUUCUAUGGUGCACGACCACGCACUUUUCUGGCCCUUGUGCCUGAAAAUCCCCAGGAUUCAGACGCAGACCUUAGUGAUGAUGACCCUACGAAUGAUCCAGAUUAUCUGCCCAUACCAGCAGAUGAUAGUGCGGACACUUCUUUCGAUUCUAUGGAUGAGGAGGACAUUGCCUCAACGAGCUCAUCCUCUAAACCACCAUCCAAGAAGAGGAGAAAGGGGAAAAACUCCCUCAAAACAGUUUCCUUGGCAGAGCUAGGGGACAAGCCUGACCCUAAAUCACCCCCACGUACAAAGGAAGGCGCAAGAAGACUGUGGCGUUAUGAAGACAUUGAGGCAUUCCAGGUUCCAGGCUCAAGUUUUAACCCCCCCGAUGCCAUAAAGACACCCUUUCAGUAUUUCAAAACACUCUUCACUGAUGAGAUGAUUGAACAUAUCUCUCGGCACACAAAUCUUUACUCUGCCCAGAAACUGGGUGAUCCAAUCAAGACCAGCCCUGAAGAGAUUGAAAAGUUCCUGUCUAUCUUACUUUUCAUGGGAGUUUUCAACUUCCCAGCCAUGGAUGACUAUUGGCACCAUGAAUCACGGUUCAGUGUGAUAGCUGAUAUAAUGCCAAGGAGAAGAUUCAAGCUGUUACGCCGGUUCCUUCACUUCAAUGAUAAUCAGCAGUGCCAUGGCAGUCCAGACCGGUUCUACAAAAUUCGCCCCCUUUUUGAUAUGCUUCGUCAGCAGUGUCUUCUGAUCCCAUCCACUUACCAGCACAGUGUGGAUGAGGUCAUGGUAGCAUAUAAAGGCACAAGAGCUGGCUCUCUCCGCCAGUACAUCGCCAACAAGCCAGACAAGGGCCAGUUCAUCUGGCAUCAUUCAUGA